UCAGCGCCGGAGCCUUAUUCACAGAGGGACUUUACGUAUGGUUCUGUGCGCAUGGAUCCGUUCUGCCUUAGGAGAGAGUGCUACGUGGGUUGCGCAACGUUAUUGUGAAUGGGGAAGGCGGGUUGUAUGUAUCCCUGUAUGUGUGUGUGGUAGUUGGUAGUGGCGGCGGCGGUGGGCGGAGGAUGAUGUCAGCCUGCGAAUGUCAACAAUGUAGCGAUUGAGGGGAGUAGGCGGUGUUCCAUUGGGAAGAGCGCGAGCCACGGGGAGAGUCAGUGGAACCAACAGAACGGGGGCACCAGAAGCAGCAACAAUACGACGACGCCGGGCUGCACCGAAGCACUGAGUCGCCGCCGCCGCCGCCGCCUUGUGCAGACAGCCCCCGAGCAUUGCAGCGGCGGAGCAAUUCUUGUGUGGUUUCUACCUUUCUCCCCACAUCCCUGUUGCUGCUGCUGCUGUAGCUUCCUCCUCCUCCUCCAGUUUCCCUCUCCACUUCCCCGCCCCCUCCCUUUUAUAUGUCUCUCCCCCCCCCCUUCUCCUCUGCAAGACUUUGCUUCGUGAGGCAGCUGGGUUUUUUUAUUUUUAUUUUUUAUUUUAUUAAAGAAAAGCAAUCGGCAUGUGACGUGCGUCGUCUUUAGGUGCAAAUUUUCUACAGACAACCUCAGCAACAACAAGAGCCCUCAGCAAGAUUCACUCUCCCUCCCCCUCAAAACGUUUGCAAGAGAGCGCGGGGAGCUAUCGAAAGUUACAUUGAUUGAAGGCUGCCAGAAAUUUGUUCUGCAAAACUCUUGGUGUCCAUAUCUUAAUGGAUUGCUGUAGCCUAUUAACUUCUCAAUUCGUCCAUUUCACUGUUUCGUGAGAAUAUUAGCCAGCACAGAUCCUGGAAAAGUUACAUGGUGUGAACGGAAUGUCUGUGGAUGAGAAGACUGAAUCCCCCAUGUAUGUAUAUGAGUCAACAGUCCAUUGUACCAAUAUCCUCCUGUGCCUCAAUGACCAGCGGAAGCAGGAUAUUCUCUGUGAUGUGACUUUGAUUGUGGAGGGGAAAGAGUUCCGAGCCCACCGGGCUGUGCUGGCUGCAUGCAGCGAAUACUUCUUGCAGGUGUUGGUCGGGCAGACAGAAAAUGAUCUGGUGGUCAGCCUGCCAGAGGAGGUCACUGCCAGGGGAUUUGGUCCAUUGUUACAGUUUGCCUACACUGCUAAGCUGUUACUCAGCAGAGAAAACAUACAAGAGGUCAUCCACUGUGCAGAAUUCCUACGCAUGCACAACCUGGAGGAUUCCUGCUUCAGUUUCCUCCAAACCCAGCUGCUGAACAAUGAAGAUGGCCUGUUCCUGUGCAAAAAGGAUAUCACCUAUCCACGGAUGCAUGAAGAUGAGAACUCAGAGGGAGAGGAGGAAGAGACGAUGGAGUCGGAAACUUCCAAGCUAUCUUGCCCGAGGGAGAGAACACACCCAGAGCCCUUUAACUUUGAUUCUGCCAGUUUGGAAACAGAUAAGGACGAAGGGAUGCUGCCUGACUCUGACAUUCUGGGAGGUGAAAAGGACAGUUUGGACAAAGAAGCAGUGACGCGGUACCCCAAAUACAAGAAAUACCAGCUGGCUUGUACCAAGAAUGUCUACAACACAUCACACAUUAGUACCUCAGGUUUCGCAAGCACAUUCAGUGAAGAGAGCUCUGGCAAUAGCCUCAAGCCAGAGCUUGCCGCAGGGCAAAUUAAAAGUGAGCCCAGGAGUGAGGAGAAUGAUGAAGAGAGCAUCACACUUUGCCUCUCUGGAGAUGAGCCUGACAUCAGGGAUAAAGAGGAGGAUGUUGAAAUGAACCGAAAGCAGCCAAGCCCCACUGGAGCUGACAGACCCAAAAGCGGGUCCUCUCCUUCCUGCCUAAGGUCUUUCUUCAACCGAACAAAAAGCGUAGACUUAGUUGGCUUCCCCAGUACUCCCCAACAGCACUUUGCCAGGAGUCCAGCAUGCCCUUUCGACAAGGGGACAACUCAGGGUGACCAUAAAACUGAUUAUGUCCCUUUCACAGGGAAUUAUGGAGCUGUUCAGAAGGAUCCUUCCAAUUUUACAGUGGGAUCGCCACUCAGGGGUCCUGGCUUUGUUGAAAGUCUCUGUAAGCAGGAAGGGGAGGUGGACAGGAGGAGCGUUAUAUUUUCUUCAAAUGUAUGUGACCAAGUAAACACUUCGGUGCAUUCAUAUUCUGGCGUGAGCAGCUUGGACAAAGAUCUCACCGAGACUGUGCCAAAGGGUCUGUGGGCAGGAAGUAGCCAAUCUCUUCCCAGUUGCCAGACCUAUUCUCACAUUGGACAGGCAGCUGAUCACUUACCAGGACGGAUGAGGCCUAACACCAGCUGCCCAGUGCCAAUUAAAGUUUGCCCUCGCUCUCCUCCACUGGAAACCAGAACAAGAACCUCCAGCUCAUGUUCCUCCUACUCUUAUGCGGAGGAUGGCAGUGGUGGUUCUCCCUGUAGCCUCCCUUUGUGUGAGUUUUCAUCUUCCCCCUGUUCCCAAGGAGCUCGAUUCCUGGCCCCUGAGCAUCAGGAGGCGAGUAUGAUGGGAGAUGGAAUGUACAACCAAGUCAGACCCCAGAUAAAAUGUGAGCCAUCUUAUGGAACAAACUCUAGCGAUGAGUCUGGAUCGUUCUCUGAAGCAGACAGUGAAUCAUGUCCUGUGCAAGACAGAGGACAUGAGGUGAAACUUCCAUUUCCUGUAGAUCAAAUCACAGAUCUUCCAAGGAACGAUUUCCAGAUGAUGAUAAAGAUGCACAAAUUAACCUCAGAGCAAUUAGAAUUUAUCCAUGAUGUCCGGCGGCGCAGUAAAAACCGGAUUGCAGCCCAGCGCUGCCGCAAAAGAAAACUGGACUGUAUUCAGAAUUUAGAAUGUGAAAUCCGCCUGUUGGUGUGUGAGAAAGAGAAGCUUCUAUCAGAAAGGAACCAGCUGAAAGCUUGCAUGGGAGAGCUGUUAGAUAAUUUCUCCUGUCUUUCCCAGGAAGUGUGUAGGGAUAUGCAGAGCUCUGAACAGAUCCAAGACCUGCACCGUUACUGCCCUGUUCUCAGGCCUAUGGAUCUACCAACAACAACCAGUAUCAACCCUUCACCAACCAGAAUGGAGCAAAAUGUUGUGACAUCCCAGUGUGUUGGGGAAGGCUUGCAGUGCUGUUCAGAGCAAAGCCCUGUGCAGCAGCUAGGAGCUCACUGGCUACCUAACAACAUUUCUAACAAAUGCGCUGCAGCAAGAGCACUGGAUGGAGCUGACCAAGGGACUUACUCUGAGCAGGAGCUCCCUCUAGAGCAGAGUAACCAGACAGUGACAGUGGACUUUUGUCAGGAAAUGACUGAUAAAUGUACAACGGAUGAGCAGCCUAGGAAGGAAUAUACCUAGUGGCGGUAUACCUUUUAUGUCACACCUAGCAAGGUAUUCUUCAGUCAGCCAGUGGCCACAUUUGUUUGUUGUUUAGACUGAAGAACAUAUUUGGUGCACACUACAGUGGUCUUAGCAGCAAUACUGUUUUUAAGUAUUCCCUCCUCAGUAAAAGCAGGAGUUUUUCUUCUUCACUAUGGUGCUAUCCCUUGCUCGGGCAGGGGAACAAAACAGUGGCAACACUGUCUUUCUUUUUUAUUAUUAUUAUUAUUGUUGUUGUUAUUGUUCUUAUUGUAUUUUAAUUUCAAUAUUCAACAGGGAUGGACAUAACACCUCUGAGGACCCAAACGCAGCUUUUUUUCUCAGUGGCCCAUGUCACAAAACCCUAACUCAGGAAUUUCCUCUGAAUGUUCAAUUUUUCAUUGAAGACAGCUUCUUUACACAUCAAAAUUUUAUAGCUAGACUGUACAUACUAUAUAUAGUAUAUAUAAAAAUAUAUAACCAUAUGCAAAAAAAAAAUCCCUGCAUGCCUCAAUUUUUUCUCAUGAAAACAACUGGAAACGCUUCAUUUAUAUUGUAUAAACAAGUUCCAACAUUCCUUUUUCCCCCUCGUCCUUGAUGCUAGAAGUAGUUUGUAACUGUUUGAACAUUUUUGUUUCUCCACCACUCAUUUUCACAGUUCAGCAAUAUCAUUCAGUUCGUACUUAUUUAUAAACUUUUAAAGUUGUAAGCUUAUUUGAGAUUUUAAUAUAGACAGUAUUUGUGGCACAGCUGUCUGUUUUUGUGCCCGUUUGAGCAAAGUGGGUUUCGUUCACACUUUUUCACAGAUACUGCACAGCGAUGGUCAACUUUACCACUUGCACUGAGUUUUGGAUUAAACCUCUUUUCAUAAAUGAAGUUGUGACUUCAGUAUAACUCAUAUACUGUAUUCUUUGCUUUCUUUUUAUUAAUUAUCCUCUGUUAAGUAAAAUAGAGAGAAACAGCACUCAGGAGAUGAUUAUGUAGGGAAAUAACAAUCUUGCCAAAUACAGAAUUUGCCCAAGAGUAUUGAUUGGGUAUUUUAUGUAUGCAUCUUUUUGUUGUUGUUGUUGUUGUUUUAUUUUUUAACUUUGCUAAAUCAAACAUAUGUUAAGUCAUUCUUCUCUUUUUUCCUUUACUUUUGUAAAAGAGAGAUUACAAGUUGUCAAGUGUGAUUCCUUAAAAACUGUUCAGUGGGCAGUGUAUCAUUAAUACUGAGAACAAUGGCUUAAAGCAAAGGCCAUUCAUUUACAUCAAUGAAAUGCAGUCUUAUGGCUCUCUGAAGUUUGUGCUGCACUUACUAGUGCAGUUCUUUUUACUCAUUCAGGUAGUAUUUCUCUACUAUUCAGAAACAGUCCACAUAAAAGACAGUUCCAGGAUUGGACCUGCAAUAAAGAUUUGUAGACUUUCUUACAGCAAUCCUUAAUGGUUUUUUAAAGCACAGUAUGCAUUUCUGUAUUGAUUUGAUUGACCAUGCAUCAAAAUAUCAUGCUGUUCUCGUCUGUACAGACCAGAUUCUGUUUCAGAGUAGACAGAGAAGUAGUUUCACACAUACCGGAGAAAUUCAUAUUAACUUAACUGACUCAUGUAAAGAUUGUGCAAGUCAGCCUUUUCCCAAAUGCAAUAUCUGCACUUCAAAUAUAGGAGGGAAAUUAUCAGAGUAGAUGAAAUCCAUAAGGAACUUUUCCUACUCUUUCCAUUGAAAUAAAUGGAAACUGUUCAAAAGAGAUGCUUUUGAACAAUUUGCAUUUAUUUCACGAAAACUUAGGGGCUUUCCUUUCUUGCGUUUGGGUUUCUAUUUUGUAAAUUUGGCUUUCCAGAUUGAACUGCAUGAGGAAGAAACAAAGCUUCCACUGGCAUGAGUUGUUGUGGAUUGUUUUUUUGUGUAUUCAUAUUACUAUUCAUAUUACUCCGUCCUCACUAGGGGGGCACAGUGUUGUCAUUUGGUAGUCUGUACCACCUCCUGUCCUGGCCCUAUCUCUGUCCCAUCCCAAACUAUCUUUUUUUUAAAUUUAAAAUUUAUUUUCAUCCACUUUAACAAACUUCCACAACAUUUCCCCUGAGACGCCCAUGGAACUUAGAAUGGGGGCAGGCAAGAGUUUGAUGUGGUUUUAAAUGUCUCCAGUCCUGACUCUCUAGUAUUGUUGCUGAUGAUUAAUGAAUCACUUCCUCAAAGUCUGCCAGACUGUUCCGCUUGAAUGAUUUGGCUGCAAUCCUAUGCACACUUUUCUAGGAGUAAGUCCCACUGAAUAAUAAUAGAGCUUAUUUCUAAGUAAAUAUGCAUACAUUGUGCUAUUGUAUGGUAAAUUGCCACUCUUGCUCUCUGUCAAUUACCGGGUGGGAGGAGAAUGAGCAAUACAGCACAAAACUGUAAUAAUGAUAAAGCUACUCAUUAAAAUUAUUAUCUAGACUAUAACAAGAAAACACUAAAAUGUCUAUGACUUUUUUCAUUACUUGACAGAAUGGUAUGGCAGUCUUUUAUGGGGACAUUAUAUACUACCCAAAUUCCAGGCUGAUAGGUGCAGGGAUUUCUGCAAAGGUAACUUAAUUUGUGGUUUCUCCUCUUAUCUGUUUUUAUUCCUUGUCAGAAUCAGUCAAGACAUGUUAGUUCCUUGGGAAGUCAUGAUACCAAUCAAAUUGUAGACAGAUAAGUGUGAGCAUUUUUUGUGCAUACACACUUUAAAAUUUGGGAUCAAUCCACUCCAUCAUUUUUUUCAUUUCUUCUCACUAUGAGAUAAAACUUGCAUGCAUGGUAGAACUUUCUGAGGACAUAACGAAAGAGAAUUCUGGGCAGCUACACUUUAUAGUUUUGAGACCUGGCUCUUUUCCAUUUAAAUUGCCAUGGUCAGAACAGUCAGGAUGGGAACAAUUUAGGAAAGGGGGUGGGGGUGGGGACACUGCUGUCUGAAUCUGUGCACAGCCCACUCUUUCCCCCACAACUAAUGCUUCUCUUCCCCUCACCUUCAUGGGAGUCCCUAUUAACAGCAAUGGGGCUUACAUUUGUGUCAACAUGGAUGGGAACAGAUUUUUAUUCUUAAAAAAUAAAACGAAGAGUUUUAACAGAGAUAAAACUGGCCUUGGUUUAAAAAACAAAAUGCAUAACUGCAAAGGACAGCGAUGGGAAAUAAAAUGCAGAGUGACAAAGGUGUGCACAGGUGUGGAAGCGGGAGGGUGUGCCUUUUGGAGCCAACUCCCAAGAUGUCAUCACCUUCACUGAAAACCACUUCCCCCUCAGAGUUGUGCUAUGGUCCGUCUACAUAUUUGAUCAACAGGCAAAUUAUUCCACUCGGGUUUUCAUGGCAGAAUAAAUAACGUGUGAAAAUAAAAUGGUGUUUUGCAGAAGUAGAGGUAAAAACCAUGGGAUAUAUCUGGCAUUAGGUCUCUGCCUUGCAAAAUCUCCCAUAACAAUCAGUGGUCAAGGCAAAAUAAACCAUUAUCUGGAAAGACCCUUAUACAGUUACUCCUGAUGGGUUGUCUCCUUUUAAAAUUUAUUUUCAAAGUGACUUUGGACUUCAUGAUUCUCUACCUUGAUUGUGCCAUGGUGCUUUGAGCCAUGUUUUAUGACAACACCCAUGGUUUACUAAUCGGUACUAUUACACUUUACUAUGAUUCAGACUAUGUUGAGGGUCUUGGACACCAUACAUGGCUAAUUUCGACAGCUUGUUGAGACAAUGUGUUCCUCCGUGACAAUGUGUUCCUCUGUGCUAAUGUUUACACUAAGCGGUGUGGCCCUCAGUAAAUCAGCAUUGUUUUUCUAUAGGAGGAAUCAGCUUCCUUUUAAAAUUUUUGUUAGAUGCUUAUUAUCAGUCUUACUACUGCCGUGUACUCCAAAUUCACUGCAGCCUACCUCUCAACAAGGAGAGGUGCAUGUGUGUCAUUUAGAUAAGGCGGGUGGGUGCAAGUUGAAGAUGCUAGAUAUAAUUUAAGUAUUAACCGUUUCUGUAAAAUAAAUACAAACUUAUCUCUAACUAUUUAUAUAUGUCGUAUGGAUGCUAAUUCAAGACGUCGGCAGUUAUUUUGGCACCAGGGUUGGAAGUCCUUGACUUGCUUUAAAAGUAUAGCUAUUUAAUUAUAUCAGAAGCCAGCCACCAAAAAUGAAAAACAGGGUGCAAAAACAGAAGCUCUUGAAGGGGAGGGAGUAUGUGAAUAUAGGGAAGGGUUCUCCUGUAAUCAGUUGAUGUUUCGGAGCACUCAUGCUUUGCAAGAGAGCUGUGAGAUAGACAGUGAUGGAAGCUAGAAUUGUAAGCUAUAUGUGAAUUGCAUUAUGGCUUCAUAGCCAGGUGCUGACACACAGGAUAUUUUUUGUUGUUCAGUUGACAGUAUUGUUCAAAUGUUCUUCUGCUGCCUUUUUAUUUUAUUUUAUUUUAAGUGACCUCCUACAGCUAGUUGUGGUUUUUAUGGGUAUUCAAACAAAUCUAAACUAGCUUGCUGACAUGAAGAUUUACCGUCAUACCAACUCAUGUGCAAAUGGUAUUUUUGACAUCAUUCCAAUGGUAUAUACAUAAUUAACAGAACAUAUUGUUCUAUUCUGCUGUUGUAUUGAUCUGGCUCUUUCAUUGGUGCUGGGCCUCUCCAUCUUUUUUCCUUCUAUUUUCUUUUUUAUGAAAAACUGGUGAUUUAAAAAAAAAAUCCACUGCUCAAAUAAAUCUAUUGUUUCAAGAUUUUUUAGGAUGUUUUGAGUUUGGUUCUUCAUCAUUAAGAAGUGACUGAUUUUGUAUAUUUGCUUCCUUGGACUCUAUAUUGUUCAUGGUUCUUCAGAACCACAUGUGGCUUUUGGGUUAACUUCAAGGGAGACAUUUAGGAGAAUUAGCUUCAGAACUGGACACAAAUUGGCACUUUGAAUUUCACUGGGCUGGAAGAAGCUUAAAAACUAACCAACAUUCUAUUUUUAAAUUUACAUUAAAUCUGUGUUGCUUAGCAAUGCAGAAGAACAUCCAUAUACCUUUCAUAUAUUAUGGUUCUUGAUUCAUAAAGGAAUUGAUAAUUUUGUCUUUAUUUGACAUUUUGUGCUAGAGAGAAGCUGCUUUUGCACUGACACAAAGAGUGUGUAUGAGAUGUCUCCAUUUAGCUCUGUCCAGUCUGCACCUAGUCCUCCUUUUGAUUUGCCUUUGCUAUGCUUUGUAUUGCCAGAAAACCUCAUUUCAUUUAGGCUUAUUCUGCUUUUGUCAGGUGAGUACUACACUAUGUAAUAUAUUCGUUUCUCCGUGUUAUCUUGGGGGUGCCUUGAAUACAACUGAAGUUCAUUGCAACCUGAUUCUGGAACAAAGAGCUAAUAGAAAAGACUCAAUCAAGUCACCAAGACUUCCCAAUAUUUAUAACCCAGACCUAACAUAUGACGACUCAGGCGUCAACAUUUGAUGCUGCAGUAUGAAACUAUAAUUUUAUAUAUUGUACAAUUAAAUUAUUCAAUGUCUUUCUAAGGAUAUAUGCUGCUUUAAAGAUGCACUAUAUAUAUUUUUGGAUCUAAUCCAUGUAUUUUUGUUCCCAAGGAAGUAAAAAAAAAAAAGGGAUUUCAUUGGAAAAGCAAACCACUGUGAUUAAUAUUCCAGUUGCUAUCUCUUUAAAAGAGAGUGUGGGAGCUAGAUAAACUUAAUGAAACAGAUUCAACUGGUUACAUUCAACACAUUGCCAAAUUUGUAAUUUCAAAAGUUUUCAUAGAAGUAUAUAAUAAUCUAACUUUUCAUAGUCCUCGACAGGGCCUCCAUCCUUUUAAGUGUUCUGAUAUUCAGCAGGUGUAGUUAUUCCUACCAGUGCAUAGAGUGACGGGAAAAGCUGCACCUAUGCUCCAGGUGCAGUUUUUCUGAUCACAUUAUGCACCGAUGGGAAUAAUGAGGUUCUGGUUUCCUCAGAUCCCAUCAGCGAAAAGAAGUCCUGCCCUAGAUGCAGUAUGGUAACCCUAGUGAUAACUGCUUAUGUGUUUUGGUUUUUUAAAGUUUGUAUGCCAGAGUUAGAAUUAUUCAACAUAGAGAUCUUUAAGAGAAGUGUAAGAAGCCUCAUUGUCACUUUUUAAAUUGGUGACUUAUAACCCUUCUGUGUUCAUGUGUUUUUAAAAAAUACAUGUACGUUGAGCAAAUGAAGCUAGAACGUACUGUGAGUGUCAGGCCAAGUGGGUAAUUUGGUAUGCCUAUGCAAGCUUGAGAUCCUCACCAAUUCAGCUCAGACCAAUGACUCCAAGAGGCAGUCUUUACAAGAGUAAUACGUUUUCAUGUUUAUUUGUUCCCUUACUUACAUCAUUUUAAAUGUGUACCUUUUUAAAGGUCCAUUAAGAGAAUAUGGAUAAGUGGGGGGAAAUGACUUGAUGUAGCCUAAGGGAAACCUUGCUAAAAUGUGGUAGCUAAUUUCUAUCUUCAAUAUAAAAUCGGUGUGUGUAAUUUUGCUUGUUUAUACUACGUAUAUUUAUAUUUCAUGACUCAGGCAUCAGAAGAUGCUGCAGGAUAGAGUUGUGUGUGUGCAUUUAUUAAAUCCAUUCAAACAAUGUUUAUGUAUAUUAAAAAGCUAUAGUUUGGUGGAUUGUAGACUACUAAUAAAUUAUUAAAAUUUUCUCUGGAAGUUAGAAUGUCAUUGCUUGCAGUGUAAAAGAAUUACAGUAUUUUCCUACACUCCACCAAUAAUGUCUAUAUCAAAUUAAAAACCAGUGAUAUCUAUUUGUUUUUAAAUUAUAAUGCUCAUAUGGGUCUUCCAUUUUUGUUGUGGAAGCCACUUUUCUGGUGGAGAGCGAUUAUUCAAAUUUCCUUCACAGUCUUAAAAGUAAAUUUGAUAAUUGGUGGAAUAUCUUUAUGAUCCAACGCCUUAUUAACUUUACUACAAUAUCAGCCCUUUUAUGUAGGUCCAGUUUACAUACAAGUUUAAACACCUAUGCAGUGCAGCAAUUGAUAUGAAAGUAUGUGCAGCCAAUCCUGUGUGCGUUUACUCAAAAGUAAAUCCCAGUUAAUGAGUGGGGCUUGCUCCCAGGAAAGUAUGCAUAGGACUGCAGCCUUAGAAACUGAAGAGCUUAAACAGCUUUGUUCAGAAAUUGACUUCCAUCAUUACUGAAAACUUGAAAUGGAGCUCAAUUUUGGAUGCUGGAGUUAGUUAUCCCUUUAAUUUUGAAUGCUUCAGGAUUUGGAAACUCAGCCUAGGAUUUCCCAGAGCAUUCUGUUGUAACAAUUCAGUUCAUAUUUGGGAGCCAACGAAGGAACUGAGUUUCUUCUACCCACUCAUAGACUUUGGUGUUCUGUUGAACGUAAGUGUGCAUCCUCCUGCAUUUACAAUAUAAUCAUGCAUGUUUCAGAAACUGGUAUUUACUACUUGUGAUAUGACUGAAAAUACCUGGAUCCCUCCAAUCAAUAGAAACUAUAUUAAGUCCUUUGGAGAUCUUUGGAUGCUUGAUUUUUGCUGUUCAAUUCGAGGGUCAACUUUUGAUUUCAAGGGUGGAGAACACCCCAAGAGUUUGUUCCAGAACCAGUGGAAUACAAGUGCACCUCUACUAUAUGCCUUACAAACUUCAGAGGCCAUAUUCAAAACAGGGUUUUUAUCAGUGUAUGCAAGGGGAUGCAACCCCUCCUCUCUUCCUCCCCAGGUCAAACAGUAUGGACAGUUUCACACAUAUCUACCUGUAUAAUCCUCUGUACCUCUCAUAACUGGUCAAUGACUGUAACAAGUUGCAUCAGGUGUUUUUCUAUAUACUUUUUACACAGAUUCUAUGCGAUUAAUGUAACUUAAUUCAAUGCAUCAUUUUAUUGUACUAGUUCUUAAGCUUGUCUUAUUUUUUUCUAGGUGACUGUGGUUUCUUGUGAUUUUUAUUGUAUAAAUGAAAUGGCUGUUGAUGCUUAUUCCUUGUUACUAUGAAUUUUUACCUUUUUGGAAAAACAGCAUUGCUAUGAACUAAUAAAUUUAAGACUUCAUUUACUCAUUGUAAAUACAGUAUUGUGCAAAAAAAAAAAAUCCUUCCCAUUCAUUUGAAUUGAUAGUGUUAACUGAAUUUUGUCUAGACACCAUUUCUGUUAAUGAAAUAAAGACAUAUCAUUAUG